AUGGCGCUGUUCGUCGAGAAGCUCAACCAAAUUCACUAUUUCCUCAAUCCUGGGUUGGACAACUUGUUGGGCGAAGUUCGUGAGCUUCGUAGGUUGGUGGCACGACUGCUCUCUGUCGACGAAGUGAGGUUACACUUCUUAACGUUUGACUACUGGUUGGAGGACAACCCCCCACUUACCAGCGAGGAGAGGCCUACGUUAGAUGUGGACAUAUGGAGGAAAGAGUUUGGCAGCAUGCUGGACCAAUUUCUGGUGAAGGGGUGCAAGGAGUUGCACAUCACAGGUGGUUCCCGAAUCAGGACGAUAUACACAUACCCACGAGAAACGAUGAAGCCAGUCAUACCGCCUACCGACGUCGAGCAACUGCGUUCUAAGCUUGCUAGCUCUUUCCAACUAUUGAAAGCAAGGGAAGCAAAGCUGGCUUCCCGAACUUUCUUUGGGGCGUUGAGGCGCAAGUUCACUUCCGUAUUCUCCAAUGCAGUGCCUGCGAAGACGCCUCUGCAGGCUACAAUACCACUGGAAGAAUCCGCGAAGCCGCCUCCCCCCGUCACCGGUGUCCCCCAACCGAUAUCGAGCGACCCAGGUGUCAAGUCUUCUCUCCAUAAAUUCUACGUGCACUGCGAAAUGCUGCUACAACCCCCGUUCCUAGAGUGGACUCUGUCCACGCUCCAGCUCAACGGAGAAUGCAUCACCACCCUCUCCUUCAAAGGCAUCGACAUUCCAUGGGAGACUUGGUCCGAUUUCUUCGCAGCCCUCACCUUCCCCUCCUUAUCCGAGUUCGAAAUCACAUCCCGCCGCUUUAAGCGACCACAAGGGCCCGACUUUUCUUGUAUCGAAUCCUUCCUUGUCCGCCAUCCCUCAAUCACCGUUCUCCACCUUGACGGCCUCCUCACCCUGUCCACCUUCCCGCCUGCACAAGAAAGCAUCCUUCCGAACGUGGUCAAGCUCACCGCACAUCCUGCAUACAUCAGCUGGCUUCUCAGCCCACCCAAUUCAUUGCCUUCCUUAGGCUCUAUAACAAUUUCCUCAGAAUAUUCUCUUAGACCGUACUUCGACUAUGCCCAUUUCAACGAUGCACUCGUCUCAAUAGCUCGGAACGCCGGGCAAGUUGAGCUUGGUAUCCAGUUCAGGUCCGAGAAGGGGAUGGAUGCUUGGUUGCAGGACCACGUCGACAUUGGGUGCGAAGUAAGCGCCGUCUCUCAGUUGACUAAGAUCAAGAACCUGGCGAUCUAUUCGUCUUGGUGCGGUGAUUUUUCAAAGCGUACGUUGAAGAUUUUGCCAGAGUUUCUGGCACUCUUUCCUAGUCUUGAACAUGUCGGGUUUAUGGAGCAACCAAGGGGAAACGAGGAGGUUAUGUUGGCUGGUGGUUUUGUCAAGGCGAUCACGUUGAGGUGCCCCCAUAUUAAAAGUGUUCUGAUAAAUAGGCAGUGGUCUUUUCAGGGGUUGCGUGAGUGA